AUGUCGGCAUCAGAUUUCUGUCCACACUGGAGUUCGACAUCCGCAAGCACAGUAACUCAAGAUUCAGAACGGUCUCCCCCACAUUUCAAUGCAUAUGCAGUCCCAUUCGCUCAGCCCGUUCGAGAACGCUACGAUCCAUACGGACACUUUAAUCAUUUUGCAGCGAAUCAUUCCACGGAUUAUGCACCGCAGCCUGAUCAUCCAGCAAUGCAACUGCCAAAUCCAUACGAACAAAACCACCACCAAGCCUUCGAUUACCGGCCGUCCUAUUCUGGCAUGCACCCCCACCAAGUGGCGCAACCACCGGUGCCAAGACGACCUGCAUUCUCCCCCAUCGACGCGCAUCCAGAGAUGACUUGGUUCGGUGGGGCCGGCCAUAUGCCCGGUCCGCCUAGCCAACCCAUGAUGCGAGGUACUCCAAGUCCCCUUCAUCCAUACCUCCACGGAGGUGAGAUGAACUACGGUCCAACGCUACCUGUGUGGCCAUUUGCACAAGAGCAGGGUUAUGGAGCACUAGACCAACAAAUGCAGGCACAGUAUCCUCUAGGACCCGGCUCCGAAGCAAGACCUCCAAGACCAACUGCAGAUCCGUCUCGUCAGCCCCAACCGAUCGCCCAAAGGUCGUCGCAGCAAGGUGUACGUCACCACCAUGGUAAUGGCAGCCGCUGGUCACUCGGUUCAGCAGAGCGACGUGCAUAUAGAUCUUUGCACAGUCAAGGUCGUCUGCUAGAUGACUCGCCACCGGCAACUGCGCGGCGCACAUACGACAGUUUCAUCCAGGACAUGUCUCGCUCCAUCAACUCGUCGGAAGCAGAGGAGGCUGCAGCGCGUGUGCCACCAUCCUUUCGUACCCGUCGGCUACCAAGAGAGCACCGCGUGCGGCACUCGAUCCAUUCGCAACCUUACGAUCCAAAUCUUGCAAACUCCCGACAGGUCCAGGCCCUAAAAGAUAAGCUUCCUCGACGUCUCCUCGGCCAGCUACCUGAAGGUACAUCGCCUACUUGCGACAUUUGCGCAAAGGACUACUCAAGCACAAGUGUGCAGGCGUGCGAGGAGGCUGAAAUUGCGAUUGAGCUUCCAUGUGGACAUUAUUUUGGAGAGUUCUGCAUCUUCGAAUGGUUUGACACUUGCAAGAAGCACAAGAACAAAGUUACCUGCCCGAUGUGCCGCAAACAACUUAUCGAGCCCGGCUCGCGAUUCAAUCCGGCACUAUUGUUCAACGCCAUAUCCCGGGCCGGAGACCCCGCACUGCAGGAGCUACUUGCUAACGAGCUGCGGGCGGAAUUUGCGCACGUAUGA